UCAACGGCAGCUGCAAGGAAUCCAGGAAGUUUGCCCCCAGGAAAAAUGCCCUGAACUGGAAACCCUUCUGUGAGUUUUGUGGCUUUGAACAGAAACGUUAUCUGUCGAAAGUUUAGAACAUUUUUUACUGUAAAUAAACUCUGUUGAAUGCCUAUCUUUAUUGACAAGCAUGUUUUAAAGCGGUCAAAAAAAUCAAAAUCUAUCCAUCUGUCACACAACAGGCCCCUGGGGUAGAUCUUUGAGGGUAUUACUGCAGGUCGAGAUAAUUCAGGAAACACGAGCCAUGUGAAUUUCAAACUACUCAACUUACAGCAGACUUACCAACAGGAACCACGACAUCCUCGAGAGACAAAUUGCCUCUGUAUCGUUCAACGCAGGCAGGGGUUGCAAAUCAUUCUAAUUUGAAUUAGUUGCGUCAUAAUAAAACGCAUCACAUGCGCGACACGUGAUCUUGAGGAUCCUGGAUAUCAAUGCAUGUAGCAAACCCCCUGAGCUGUUCUAGUAUAGGUCAGUGAGGAAACCUUUACGUCAUGAAAACGUGUGUUUUUUGAAGACGUGACCUGAACCGUUGCUAAAUUUCGUUCAAACUUUCGUCAAACACCUGCUGUUAGCUCUGUUAUCAAAUGAAAUGCAUAAACAUCUCUUGUGAUGUUUAAUAAAAACUGGGUACCGCUGGCGAGACGCCGAUUUAUCUUUAGCGAACUAAUGAUCCUCUAAAUCCACUUGAUCAUGAAGGGCCUUCAAAAAUCGUCAGCGCUGAUCAGCAUUCACAAAAGAUAAUAAAAUCAUCGAUAAUUUGCACGAGCGUGUGGGGAAAAUAGAACGCUGAAUUAUUGAAAUGAACAUUGCCUGGAUAUUAAUAGUUAACGCUGGAAUAUGACGUUGUCUUUAAUUAAUAGCUAUCAGCAUAAGGUAACGGCUAUAUUAUAGCCGCUAUAACCCAUACUAGAGAGUUUUGCAGGUAAAGAAAUAUUUAUUUAUUUAUGCGCCCAAAAUUUUCGGCGUUAUUACAUUAACGCCUGUUUAUAUACAAUAAAACGUAACGCUAGCUUUUGACAAAGAAAAAUGACAAAAUUAAGAGGCCAUUGCUUGAGAUGCAAAUGUGAUUUAAGCGUCUUAUUCCAUUCCAACAUUUAAUUUACUUUUGUUUGUCUACGAGCUAGAGACAGGUGCGUGUAUCAUUCAGCAAAUUGGACGGACGAUCUUUUUCUUCUGGGCGCACAAUUACAUAUAUGAAAAAAGGCUCCGAAUGAAAGAUAUUGAAACACCAUAUGUACAUAGAUAUCAUCUGCAUGAAGAUCUGACGUUUUGGUGGGCAACGAUCAGUUUAGGAGACUCCAAGUAGAACAAUGAAUCAUUCAUCAAGGUUUCUUAUCGCGACAUUAAUCUUCGCUUGGAUCUUUGUUGCGAACACCGAAGAACCCAGCCUAAUAAACAGAUCAAUACAAGUGGAAAAUGGAGUCGAUAUGACUCUUCCACUUCGUAUACGAAAGAAUGUGGACGAGAGAUUAAAUUUCACUACAUCUGAACCUAGUCCUGAAGGUGAUGGUACAUCUGAACCUAGUCCUGAAGGUGAUGGUACAUCUGAACCUAGUCCUGAAGGUGAUAGUACAUCUGAACCUAGUCCUGAAGGUGAUGGUACAUUUGAACCUAGUCCUGAAGGUGAUGGUACAUCUGAACCUAGUCCUGAAGGUGAUGGUACAUCUGAACCUAGUCCUGAAGGUGAUGGUACAUCUGAAACUAGUCCUGAAGGUGAUGGUACAUCUGAACCUACUCCUGAAGGUGAUGGUACAUCUGAACCUACUCCUGAAGGUGAUGGUACAUCUGAACCUAGUCCUGAAGGUGAUGGUACAUCUGAAACUAGUCCUGAAGGUGAUGGUACAUCUGAACCCAGUCCUGAAGGUGAUGGUACAUCUGAACCUAGUCCUGAAGGUGAUGGUACAUCUGAACCUAAUCCUGAAGGUGAUGGUACAUCUGAACCUAGUCCUGAAGGUGAUGGUACAUCUGAAUCUAGUCCUGAAGGUGAUGGUACAUCUGAACCUAGUCCUGAAGGUGAUGGUACAUCUGAACCUAAUCCUGAAGGUGAUGGUACAUCUGAACCUAGUCCUGAAGGUGAUGGUACAUCUGAACCUAGUCCUGAAGGUGAUGGUACAUCUGAACCUAGUCCUGAAGGUGAUGGUACAUCUGAACCUAGUCCUGAAGGUGAUGGUACAUCUGAACCUAGCCCUAAAGGUGAUGGUACAUCUGAACCUAGUCCUGAAGGUGAUGGUACAUCUGAACCUAGUCCUGAAGGUGACAGUACAUCUGAACCUAAUCCUGAAGGUGAUGGUACAUCCGAACCUAAUCCUGAAGGUGAUGGUACAUCUGAACCUAGUCCUGAAGGUGAUGGUACAUCUGAACCUAGUCCUGAAGGUGAUGGUACAUCUGAACCUAGUCCUGAAGGUGAAGGUAAAAGUGAGCCUGAACCACAACCUGAAACAUGGCCGGAACCAGGUCCUGAAUGGGAGAAAGCUUACAAAUUGUGGAAGGGUGCAUGGCCUGCACAUAAUUACAUAUUUGCAAUAAUAUUUCUGCUGAUGGCUUUCUAUUCAGGAUAUUACGUCGUAUUCAAUGUCAAAGAUGGUCUACGUAAGAAAUAUCUUAGCAUCUCAUUAAAUGUUAUGAUGUUCAUUUUAUCCAUAACACGAUCAUUUGUAUUAUUCCUGGACCCAUAUCACCAGGGAACUUUAUUGAAAGAAAAACUUAUUCUUCAUAUGAUGUGGUCGAUUGGAACUCCGUGUUUGCUGGCUUCGGAUUCGCUGUGCAUCCUGGCUCUAGCGGAAUCGGCAAACGUGAAUUUAACACAUCAACGUUUUCAACGUUUGUCAAAUAUUUUGGUUGUAAUCUCCCUACACUUUGUCUUAGUCAUAACCACAGAUAUCGUCGUGUCAGCGCAUAUGAGCGCUAAAGUGAUGAUCUUAUAUUGCCAAGUAUUCUCCAUCAUUUGGGGAAUGUUACUGAGUUAUUGGUAUUUCACUCUCGCCCACAAAAUCAACAACGUCUUGUUCAAAGCGGCUGGUCGACGUAAGACACGAGGAGACCGUAUUUACUUGUUGCUCAUCUACCUUUCCAGUGCUGCAAACCUUUUCGCAUGUAUUCUGAUCAUUUACUCAGCGGCUGGAGUGUUUGGAAUCUACUCCGAAGUAGAGUUUGUCGAGGCAUGGCCAUGGUUUACUCUACAAACUGGCAUGCGAACUUCAGAGGUCUUUGCAGCGGUGCUUGUUUUUACUGUGAGUGCAAAGCGUAAUAGGAUGAAGAACAAGGUUCACAACGUCAUCGUGUGUGGAGAGAAACAGGAGGGGAGGGAAUCGAGCGAUACUAUAAGCACCACACCGACAGUGAAUAAUUUGUACCCCUCAGCUAGGAAUAGACGAAUGAGUAUGUUUUCAGCUGUGCACUUGUCGAAAAUUUCGGCACAAGACGAUGCUGGCAAUGGUCAACAAUUAAACACUCCCUCAUGGCAGCCACCUUCCUUAGGAAGCAGAUUAACCCCUGCGGAAGUAAAUCGGUCCAUAAAGUUGACGAAUGAAAGCUCAAUCAUACCCACAGGAGGUAGACGAAUGAGUAUGUUUUCACAACUGCAAGAGCUAAAGCUUUCAGCUAAUGGCAACAAUUCUAUACCACCUUCAUCGGAAAUGACACAGAAGACACGUCCUGUAUCAAAGAACAGCAUGUCACCAAGCAAUGGAAGAAUGAGCAUGUUUUCACAACUGCAAGAGCUAAAACGUUCAGCUCAUCCCAACAAUUCUAUACCACCUUCAUCGGGAAAAACACAAAAGACACGUCCUGUAUCAAAGAACAGCAUGUUACCAAGCAAUGGAAGAAGGAGCAUGUUUUCACAACUGCAAGAGCUAAAGCUUUCAACAGAAGCGCGCCAAGUACCAGAGAAUUACGACACUAAUCAUCAAGAAAACGAUGAAGAAGCUGGAACAAAUGAUUCAGGUAUUUUCUCAGGAUUACAUCAUUUGCUAGUUUCCUACAGGAAGAAGCGUAAAAAAUCGUCAGUUGCGUCGGACGAGUUUGGGAGAAACAACAACCGUUUCAACUUAUUUUCAAAAGUUUUCGACACUAAAGUUGGAGCAGCGACUACCAAGUCACAAAAAGAACCAGUUCAAAAACUAAACAGGAUAAAUCAGUUAUGUCGGUCGGUAGAGUCGGUCCGCGCAGACGUGCACGUGAAUGACACGGUUCAUACGCAUGGGAAUAUGGCAGAGAAGAACGUGAAUGACACGCAUUAUGAACACGAGAACAUGACAGACGAGCACGUUUCUGACACGACUAAUACACACGAUCACUUCACCGAAACAUAUGUAAAUAUGACAGAUGGACACGUGAGAGACACGCAUAAUGUGUGCAAAAUUACGAGAGGCAACGAGUGUAGAAGUUCACGAAGGAGCCUGUUCGCAGGUCUACAUGGAAAAGAAAAACUGGAUGAGAUGAAAAUCAUCGAAGAUGUGGAAGAAGAGGAGGAGGACUAAACACUAGGAUACCAUUAAACAGAAAACAAAUGAAUGCAAAUUAUUAAACUUGUGUUUUCUUAGACACAGAUCACUGUCUGUGCUGAGUAAAGCGAACAGUGCACAUUUUAUCCGUUCGAAUUUGCGUAAAAGUGAAAGUGCAGAACCUGUUUCCUGUUUUUUUGGUAACAUAUGGGUAAUCUUGGUAGCAUAUUUUAUAUUUUGAAAACUGAACAGGACACACAAUUAUAAUGCAACUUUCAUUUACAUCUAUCGGCAACAGUUGAGCUACGGUCUCCAAAAUUGUUUCUUCCUGUAAAUAUUAAGCUAAAGAACCAAUCAUCACAUAGUUGGUAAUAAUUACGAUU